GCUGGGCUGGUUACUGCAGACCGGCAUCCAGGCGCGGGGAAACUGAGUCCAAGGUCGCUCCAGACCUGCAAGGCCUGGGCUUUUGUGGUCGGACAGAAGUCAGGUCACAGGCUGAGCGGGCCCAGAGGGGCACUGGCCACGGGGCCGCGGCGGCUGCGUACGAGUUUGCCAGGCGAGAGCACCCGCCCGGCCUGUACUCCCUUCUCCCUCCUCCAGGAUGGGCUCCAAAGCCAAGAAGCGUGUGGUGCUGCCCACCCGUCCGGCGCCCCCCACCAUGGAGCAGAUUCUGGAGGACGUGCGUGGGGCGCCGGCCCAGGACCCCAUCUUCACGGCUCUGGCCUCAGAAGAUGCCCCAAGACCCUGCAAGAAGACUGAGGAGCCCGAGGCCCAGCGGGAGCUUCUCUACCAGCAGAGCCGGGCUUACGUGGCCACCAAUGAGCGGCUGCGGCAGGCUGGGGACGGGCUGAGGCAGAAGUGCGAGGCGCUCUGGCAGGCCGGCCAGGAGCUGGAGCUGGACAUCAGCCAGGUGUCCCAGACGGCGCUGCCGCCACCGGGGACCCUGGCUCUCUCCUCACGCUGACCUUGCUUCCCCCUCUCCCUGGGGACCCGGGUCCCCCUGGCUUACAUUCCACGUCCAGCCAGCCCCUGGGAUCAGGGCACCCCUGCUCACUCCCAGCACUCAGGAGGCUGCAGAACACUGUGACACCUGGCUGGAGAGACGCACCCCACAGGCUCCUUGUCUCAGGACUGCAGCAGGGCCCAGCCACGGUUUCAGAAGGGGACAUGAAGGAUGGCUGCUCCAGGUUCUGUCCCCUCCGGUCUGAUCUGAGACAAGGCCACUAGAGCAGUGCCACCUCCUUCCUGUCUUCAUACUCCUGCUUAGGGCACUAAACAGUUGGCUGAAGAUAGAUAUACGUGUGACCCUCGGGAGGCCCUGGUCACUGCUCAGCUGGGCCUAACUGGAGGUCAGACCUGGCUGCCAGAGCCCAGCACCAGUGUGACUGGGGCCAGCCCAGCCUCUAAUUUAUCUCCUUCCCGAUUUGAAUGCUGCCUCUGGCCAGGCUGAUCCUCACAACAACCCUGACAUGCUGGAGUCACCAUCCUUACUGUCCCCCAAGAAACGUUCCCAGAGUCCCCGCCUGGGUUCUGAGUCCCUCGCUAGCUCUGGUGCUGUGGUGGGUGGAGGUGAAUGGAUCGGGAAAGGGGACUUUUCAUCCAAAGUAGGCAGAGACCUGUGGCCCACAGGAGGGUGGCUCUGUGUGUGUUGGGGGGAGGGGGGAGGGG